AUGCGUUUAGGAGGAGAAUCUGAACCCACUCGUCAACAUUAUUGGAGUCAAAUGGGUGAAAAAAAUCGGUAUAAUGCAGUCGGUGUAAAAGAUGAAGAAGCAUAUUUGGACAGCGGGUUUUCACGAAGCGAUUGGAAUCCGAAAAUUACAGUUGGGCAAAUUUUCUCUAGUAAGAAAGCAUUGUUGAUGGAGUUACGGUUGACGGCAUUAAGAGGCCACUUUGAAUUUAAGGUGCAAUUCUCUUGCACUAAGAGGUUGCUUGUGGUUUGUUGUCAACGUCCAUGCCCAUGGCGGGACCGAGCAUCGAGAAUUGGAGAAUACAGCUUCAUGAUUGUGAGGUGUACAACUGUCCAUGAAUGUGAUUUGAGGUUCGUAAGUGACAAGCAUCGUCAAGCAACCGCAGCACUUGUAGCCACUUCACUUAAAAGGAAGUUGAAGGAUUGUCGGACAAUAUACACACCAAGUGACAUUAUGAGAGAUGUGAAACACAACUUUGGUUGCACCAUCCAUUAUUCGAAAGCUUGGAAAGCAAGGGAGUUAGCUUUAUUGUCCAUUAGAGGAUCAGCGGAGGAGGCAUAUUAUAUCCUUCCAGCUUAUUGCUAUGAAUUGGAGCGUAUGAAUCCCGGCACAAAAACACACAUCCGAACUGAUGAGAACAAUCACUUUGUGUAUUUAUUUAUGGCGGUUGGCGCAUGUAUUAGAGGGUUCCGUUCUUCCAUGCGCCCAGUGAUAGCCAUGGAUGCCACUCAUUUAAAAUCCAAGUACAAGGGUGUUAUGUUUGUAGCAAAUGCAUUCGAUGGUAAUCGAAAUAUAUAUCCUCUUGCUUUUGGGAUCGGGGAUUUGGAGACGGAUGCAUCAUGGCAUUGGUUUUUCACUAAACUUCAUGAAGCCAUUGGUUGA